CUUGAUAUAAAGUUUCAAGCAUUGGGUGGACUCUUUGUUGGGAGCGUUGCAUAUUAUCUUUUCUUCAUGUUCUUUAUCUAAUAUGGUGGUGUUGUAUUCUUAUGUGCCCUCACUUGCUGCGAUCUUAAUACUUUUUCCCAGCUUGACGUCUGCCUCCCUCCUAUCACAUUUCGGGAUCUUCACCAUCGAACCUCAUAUUCCUGCAAUCAAAAUGAGGCAGACGGCCGAAACAUGCGCCGUCAAGCUCGAAGGCCAAUCUUCCGAGUACAGCCUUGCAAUGCGCAUUGGAAUCUACACAUGCAUAACAGCCAUUUACAUUUCACGAUUUCUAUUACUGAGCCGUCUGGACGUGCUCCGACUUUGCACCUAUGUCUUUUUCAUUCCUAUUUUCGUCACCACCCUCAUUCACAUUGCGAACAUCCGCAACACAUUCACUGUGGAGAUUUUCAUUUUGUUACAGCUGCUGACAUGGCUGUGCUUCAGGGACAUCCGAGGGAGGAAGCAGCCUACCCGAUUUCCUUCUAGAUCAAACAUAUUUCAUGUUUCAGCCACCCUUAUUCUCCGCGGGACGUUGGUUGGUCUCAACCUCUGGUUCUGGUUCGUCGCAAUCGAACAGACCAAAAGAGGUCCUUGUAGCACCACGCCCGUCUUCUUCUUCUGGAAGUUCGAUAUGCUUGGUUGGUUCAGAAUGUUAAUGAAGGUCAUAAGCAUCAUUGUGGGCUGCCUCUAUCUCAAUUCGCUCUUCUGGAUCUUCCUGGACUUCUGGAGUCAGGAGAAAUUCGCAGAGUCCGAGGAUGCGAAAGCUGCGAUCAUGGCGUUCGAACUAUCCCGAACAAUGCAGACCGACACACAAAAGCAAUCCCAAAGAUCUGCCAGGGGACAUAGCAGAUCACCCAGUAAUAGCACUAUCCGAACAUUCAGUCCGUUCGAGAGGCAGCAUUCCAGGUCCGGCUCCAACGCAUCAUGGGGAACGAUCUCCACACUGGCAGACGAUGACAAUAUGUCUGAACGGGUUGAACGCAUACGUUCUUCGAUGUUGAAGAAAUCUGCUUCACUCAGCAGCAUCAAGUCGUUUAAAGACCCGUCACGUCACUUUCAUAGCCCACUGUUCGAAGGAGUAUAUCGCGGGGAGCAGUUCUUGGACGAUUGCAUUGCUGCGGGAGAGCAAGGACGUCUCCGAAUAAGAUAUCCCAGGCUCAGCCGACUCAUUUUCGGCAAGAAAACUCAGCCGGACUUAGAAGAAUACUCUGCCUACGACCUAGUAUACCGAAAACAACCUUCCUACAUCGGCUGCGUAGUAAGACAUUUCGGAGCACUUUUGACCUUCCAUUUCCCAAGACAUUGCGCCAUCAUCUUCCACCAUCUGAAUGCUUCGCGGAAGCUCAAUGGUUUCAGUUCACCCUUCCAGGUCUAUGCCGCCCUAACCUGUUCCGACACUGCGCCUUCUCAGCGGUGCAUUGCCAUCGCUUCAAGCAUUCGGCUUUCACGACAAAAGAGACCUGCAUUGCCAAUCGUCUGGGCAGUCUCAGAGAUUUUCAAAAAUAUCUUUGUGAUACUGCAAAUCGAACUAACGAUCUUUUGGAACGGAGCUGGUCACUCUGACCGGUUCGACGAUGUAGGACAAAUGAUCCCCGUGGUUCUUGGUGCAAGCGCCCUCAUCUGGGCUAUCUGGAAGAGUGUCGCGCAAUUGGGGGAGACAGAUGACGCUUCUGAAAGCUGGGAUUCCCUCUGCACGAGUGAUCCAUGGGAGCGCAGGUUCAUAUCCGCGUACCAGGAGUGGAAGAGAGACACUGGAAAACAAAGCGAUUAAACAAUGCCAACUUAGUAAUGCGGGUGAUCCGAGCAUUUGUCGCAUCGCUCGGACAUCGUGUAGAGUAAAUGUGACGCCCAC